CGAAGUGGCCUUCUAAAAACUAAACGCUUGCGCAGUCAGUGCGCACCAUUUGAUAGUAGUUGUCGUGCCAUUAGGAAAAUGUUAAGGUCGCGUUGGUUGUUAGUAGGCAGCGUGUUGGCAGCGCUGGUGGUUGGCGCGCUGGUGGCAGUGCUGGUACUGCAGCCGUGGACCAGCCACCACGCGCGCUUCCCCCGGGCCGUCGUCGCUGCCAAUGGCGUUGAAUGUGCUUCUGUUGGACGGAGUAUAUUGGAAAGAGAUGGGUCAGCGGUGGACGCCGCGAUCGCAACGUUAUUCUGCGAAGGUCUAGGAUGCGCGCAAUGCAUGGGUCUGGGCGGCGGCUUCCUAGCAACGGUCUACGACGCGCCAUCGAAACGAGUUCGAGUACUGAACGCCAGGGAACGAGCACCAGCAGCGACGCACGAAGACAUGUUCGCGAACGCAUCUUCAACGGUCGGGGGGCUCGCAGUAGCCGUGCCAGGCGAGCUGCGAGGCUACGGCGCAUUGUAUCGGGAGUACGGCCGUCUACCUUGGCGGGAGCUCGUGAAGCCGGCAGCAGACCUCGCCCGCAACGGCCAUCAAGUCAGCGAAUACAUGGCUCGCGUGCUGAAAACGCACAGCGCGCGAAUACACGCAGAGCCUUCUUUGAGGGAAGUAUACGUGAAUCCAGCAACGGGAGAAGUGUGGAAUAUUGGGGACAAAAUCCGCGAACCAACCCUGGCGCGUACACUCGACAUCAUCGCAGAGGAGGGCCCGGAGGCGAUUCACAACGGCACCCUUACAGCGGCCCUCGUGCGCGACAUAGAAGGCUUUGGUGGCAUCGUCACAGAAGACGACCUCAGGAACUACCGGGUAGAAUGGCAAGAUCCGAUCGCCGUGCAACUAUCAGGCGAGCACACCCUAUUCUCGGUGCCGCUGCCCGGCUCCGGGUCCGUGCUGGCUUUCAUUCUGAACAUGCUGAACGACUGGGUCGGGCCCGGCACCGACGUGCCUACAGACAGCAACCUCUACUGGCACCGCAUAGUCGAGACCUUCAAAUACGCGUACGCGCGGCGAACCGGCCUCGGCGACCCUUCACGCUCUAACCCUUUACCGUUCGACAUCAUGGAGCUACAACGUAAUCUGUCAACUCCUGAAUGGGCGAGGUCCCACAGACAGGAAGUGGACGAUACUAGAACAUUCUCGGACUGGCGGCACUAUGGCGCGAUGUUUGAAGGCGCCGAUGACCACGGGACGGCACACAUCAUAGUCGUGGCGCCUGACGGCAGCGCGGUGUCCGCUACUAGUACUAUCAACUUCAUCUGGGGCUCACAGCGGCGUUCACAGAGCCUGGGCAUUAUGUUGAACAACGAAAUGGACGACUUCGCUAUACCGCAGCAGCAAUCAGUGUACGGCAUGCCGCCUUCGCCCGCGAACAUGUUAGCGCCAGGACUGCAGCCGCUCAGCUCUAUGGUUCCCAGUAUUGUACUGCGGAACAAUGAGACUGUGGACUUGAUACUCGGCGCGGCUGGUGGCACGAAAAUAACCACGCAAGUUGCGCUGAUAACAAUGCACACGCUCAUCGAGGGUAAAUAUUUACCAGCCGUCAUGCAGAGUCCACGUUUACACCAUCAACUGAUUCCUAUGGAAGUAGAAUACGAAGAAGCAUUUGAUCCAGAAGUAAUAGCUUCUCUGCGUGCCAGAGGACAUGCCACAUCAAGUCUCGGCCCAACGGCAGGUUUUGCAGCAAUGAUCGCGGCAGUCCGUGAUACCGAUGGCUUCUUUAUUCCACAGACAGACCAUAGACGAAUCGGCAGCAUAGACGGUUUCUAAAAUACCGCAGAUAAACAUACCAACUACCAUUUGAUGUAGUAAACUACAUGCAAAGAGUAUGAAUUAUUAUUCAUGCAUAUGCAGACAAUUGAAUUGUUGUUUUUUUUAAUGGUGCAAAGGUGCAACAAAUAUGCACUAAAGUAACAAAUUCUUUUAUAAGACGAGUGCCGAUCUCAUAAUAUAUAAAAAUAAUA